GGCAUCGGGCAAGCACGCGAAGCUCUUCAGCAAGAUGAUGCAGUUGCAGAUCCCUCACACCAAUCAAAGUCCGGCUAUGGAAGUGCUCCAUCCACAGCUCCAGUUGGACCUUCAAACCGGUGGCUCUUUGGAUACCUUCUAUGAUCAGCACCCGGAUCUGGUGGACUGGUGGGAGACAGCGAUUGAGAG